AGAAGAAGCCAAGCUAGCUAGCAUAUUUAUAUAGUAAGAUCGAUGAUCAGGAAGAUGGAUACUAUAAUGGUUUUAAUGAAGAAGAAGAAGAAGAACAUUGGUGUCAUCUUUCUUCUCAUGAUGUUUGCUUCUCUUAUUUCAACUGCAUUUGCAGGACGAGGUUCCAUUCUUGUAAUUCAGACUAAGCUGAUCAAUCAAGUUCAUCAGGAACAAGAGUUUCAACAUCACAAAGAAAGCAACACAAUACAUGAAAGGCUUCUAAGGGUGAAUGCCAAAGACUAUGGAAACUAUGAUCCAACACCAACCUUUUCCAAGCCUCCUUACAAACUCAUUCCCAACUAAUGAGCGAGCACCCUUUUUCGUUCAUUUCACGCCCUAUAAUCGAUCACAACUACUGUAUAAUCUCCAUCGCAAUAAUCAAGAUCAUAUAUAUACUAGCUAGCUAUAUAUAUUAUAUAUAUAUAUAUAACAUGUGUGCUUGUGAAAAAGUAUAUGUACUCAAGUCAAGCGGGAUUGUGAUGCAAACCCUCUUUAAGUGUUCAUGUUAUUAUAAUUUUGUUGGAUAAUAUUAAUUAAAAUAUGGUUUUAUUAUUGAACUUGAUUU